AUCGUCCACAGUGCCACGAGAUGCCGCCCGAUCCCAUACUGGACGAAGAAGACUACGCAUCGUCCGAAGACUCGGACUUUGCCCCCGACGACGCGCCCGAGCGUGAGGGCGAGGCAGAGUCGUCCGAAGACGAAGAGGCUGCAGAAGAUGGCGGCGCCGAGACCACCACGACCACCACUACCCAAGCAGCACCGUCUGCAGGACGCAAGAGGAGGAAACAGGGGGGUGGUGGUGGCGAUGGUGAGGAAGCAGAGGAUGCGGGGUUCGAGAAUUCUGGAGAUGAGGCGAUCAUAGAGAAGGGCAGGAAGAGGCGGAAGAAGGGACAGCAGGCGCAGAGAGACCAUGAUGACGAGGGCGGGGAAGGGGGCUUGAUCAAGACGCGUAGUAUGCGUGCUGUCGAAAAAGCAGAGCGCAAGACACAAGUGGCGGCAGGGCCCGUGACAGUCGAUGUCGAUGCACUGUGGGCCUCCAUGACGGCCGCACCGGCGAUCCCUACAACACACGAGCCGCAGCCAGCUGCAGAGGAUGUACAGGAGGGCAACACGGAACAGCGCGGGACCGGCGCACAAGAACCCGGCGCAGAGGCAGAGCCCAGCGACAUGAUCAAGAUCAAGCGGACGUACAACUUCGCGGGCAAGGUCCACACAGAGGAGAGACUCGUGCCGCGCGACUCUGCAGAGGCCAGGCUGUAUCUCGCGUCCAAGGGCGCGGGCGCGGGCGACCCAGGCGCUGAGGGCGCCACAGCCACUGCGGAUGGGGGUGGCGAGGGUGAGCCGGAUAGGCGCAUGCCGCGCAAGGCGUUCCGGUCGGUGUUCGAGCCGGUGGUGGUGACUGCCGAUGGCCAGCGGACGGACCUGAACCUGGGGAUCGCGAUGCGCCUGCAGGCGCGGGAGAAGGCCAAGAAGCUGAACACGGUGGAGAAGUCGCGCAUGGACUGGGCCGGGUUCGUGGACAAGGAGGGCAUCAAGGACGAGCUGGUGCUGGCGGGGCGGGCCAAGGGGUCGUAUGCAGACCGGCAGGACUUUUUGGCCCGGACGGAGGCGAGGCGGGAGGACGAUGCGAGGCGGCUCAGGCUGGCGGGCAAGGCUUGA